GGGGGCAGUUCAAGAUGGCGGCGGCCAUGUUCCGGGCUGCUCUGCGGGGCUGGAGAACCGGCCUCCAGCCGGGCUGCGGGCUACGGCAGCUGGUGAGAGCGCUGAACCUGGAGCUGGGGGCAGAGGGCUGGAGCCAGACCCAGGGGCCUCCCGAUUACCCCAGUUUCGUGGAGUCUGUGGAUGAAUACCGGUUUGUGGAGCGCCUGUUACCUCCCACCAGCAUCCCAAAGCCCCCAAAGCAUGAACAUUAUCCCACUCCUAGUGGCUGGCAGCCCCCCAGAGACCUUCCACCCAACCUGCCCUACUUUGUGCGGCGUUCUCGGAUGCACAACAUCCCUGUCUACAAGGACAUCACACACGGGAACCGUCAGAUGACUGUGAUCCGGAAGGUGGAGGGGGACAUUUGGGCCCUGCAGAAGGACGUGGAACAUUUUCUGAGCCCACUGCUGGGGAAGACACCCGUCACCCAGGUCAAUGAGGUGACAGGUACUCUGCGGAUCAAGGGCUACUUUGACCAGCAGCUCAAAGCCUGGCUCCUGGAGAAGGGCUUCUGAGGCCCAGCUGAGCAGCCUGCAUGACAGCGUCUCCCCCAGACUGAGUCCAGGGGAUCUCAGGAGGAGGGAGGUGGGUGUUGGAGGAACUAGGACAGUGCUACAGGACCA